CUAUAAAACUUCAAAACCGUGAUCUUACUUCGUGUCUUGCCGGUGUACAAGGCAAAUUAGUAUAUCCCAAUGAUCCAGAAUAUUAUAACGACCUUAUAGAUGAAAAUACUCGUAUAAGUUAUACACCAUCCAUUUAUCCUACUCCCCCUACUGUCACAUCUAUUUCAUUAAAUUAUGAUAUUACUAAGAUUCAGACUUUUUUUGAUGCUUAUAAUCAACUUGGUUCGGCACUUCCUGACGAUUUAUCAUUCUCAAUAGUCAUAGGUACUGGUUCUGCAGAAUUUGUAGGUGUUUAUCGAGGAACACAAACGGAUGCAACUCAAGCUCUGAGUCAAUUUGUUUCAUCUUCACAACCAACUUCAACUACAUAUACGGAAGAAAGUUUUUACAAUAGCGUAGAAAAUUAA